CAGUUGUCAUCGGUCAUCCAUCUAUCUCCUCCGUCUCCAUUAACUUCCAACCUUUACCAUUGCAUUGCAGUCGGUUUUUAAAAAGAAAAUUUCUUGUGAUAUUUUUUUGAAGAUUCAUUAAAAAAAUGGCAUUAGCUGAAAUUUGUGGUUUAGCUGACGCUCCUUACAUGAAAAUGAGCACAUUUUCUCCAACUGAUUUGGAGCGGGAGAUGUCUCAAUAUACGUGCAACAUGGAAAACGCUUAUUCCUUAGCGGCUCCCCCAUUCGAGAACCCGUGCGAAAAUCUACAGAAGAUCACAGCUCAUGGCGAAAAGUCCGGCAUUAAAAUCGACUUUGACCACGGAACAACGACAUUGGGUUUCAAGUACAAGGGCGGAGUGAUUUUGGCUGUUGAUUCCCGUGCCACUGGUGGCCAGUUUAUUGGAUCUCAAACCAUGAAGAAAAUUGUUGAAAUCAAUCAAUAUCUUUUGGGAACCCUUGCUGGUGGAGCUGCGGAUUGUGUCUAUUGGGAUCGUGUUUUAGCUAAAGAAUGCCGACUACACGAGCUACGAAACAAGGAACGUAUCUCUGUUGCCGCUGCUAGCAAAAUUAUGGCUAAUAUAGCCCACGAGUACAAGGGAAUGGGCCUUAGCAUGGGAAUGAUGAUGGCCGGCUAUGAUAAGCGAGGACCUGGACUAUAUUACGUUGACUCGGAAGGUUCUCGGACACCCGGUAAUGUAUUUUCAGUGGGAAGUGGAUCGAUUUAUGCCUUCGGUGUGUUGGACUCUGGCUACAAAUGGGAUUUGACUGAUGAGGCUGCCCAGGAAUUGGGUCGACGUGCUAUCUACCAUGCCACAUUCAGGGAUGCCUACUCUGGAGGAAUAGUGAGAGUCUAUCACAUGACACCAAAUGGCUGGAUAAAUAUCUCAAACACCGACUGUAUGGAAUUGCAUUAUAAAUACCAGGCAGAGAAAGCUGCCGCUAGCCAUUAGUUGGUCCUCACAUUAUUGAUGUUUUUUUUUUUCAAUAACAUUUUUAAACUUUGUAUAACAAUAAUUGUAUCCUGGUAGAAUGAAACAAAUAUUUGAAAUAAAUUGAGCUUGUUUCGAUUUCAA